UUUAUUUAAGAAAAAAAAUGAAGAUAGACACAUGCUUAUCUGGUAGAUAAGUUUACCAAGAAGUUGGAACAACCGGCCCAAAGUACUAUUUAUUCGAUUCUUACGAUAGGCAACAGUCAUUUCUUUUCUUAAAUAAAUAAAGACAAACAUAUUUACCCGAGUCCUAUUGCCUGUUGCCCACUGUUGCCUGGCAUUGUGUGAUUGCUCUAAUGUGAGUAUUUUAUACUCAGAUAAUGACGUCAUUACUCAGUGAUUUAAAGAAAUAUGCAAGUGCUCACGCUUAUUUUAAUGACAAAAUUAUCUCAAUAUAUAACCUCACUUCUAAGGUGAGUAUGCGAGACUCAGUAAAGCACACGGUCUAGAAAUUGCUCAGAUUGUAGAAAAAAACUCAGUUGAAUCUCACUUGUGAGUGCAACAGAAUGCAAAAGGAACGUGCAUUUAACUAAGUUACGACGUCACAAGUGAGAAUUAUUUGAAUUUUGAUGUAAAUGGAAAGCAGCAAUAAUUUCUGAACAUACUUCAGUUCAGCGUCAUGAGGAACGUCGGAAGAAUAUUUCACUUCAGCUAUGUAUUUGUCACUUAAGGUUUAAGUUAGUGAAGAGAUCUAGUCUCGUAAUCAAGUAGAUAUUUUGAAAUCUAUGAAAUGAAUGCCGUGAAAGACGAGGAUGACUUCUGGUACAGCAGCGAGAAGCGAUCAUUCUGUUUCGAAAGCGAGGUGGAUCAAUUGAAGAGUGACACGGAGAAACUGUGGACUGGAAUUUUUAAUACAUCGAGCUUUGAAAAUAGUCUUUAUUCUACUAAUGAUCUUCAAACCACGAAACCUCUGCUAUCAAUUAUAUCUGAAAAGACACUUACACGCAUUUUAAAUGCGGAUAAUAAAUCAUCUGAGAAAGAAUGUUCAAUAACACAGAUUAAACAUUCUGAAACAGCUGUUGUUCAGCCAAAUAUUACCUUGCGACAGAUAUUGCUUGGUCAGCCAUAUUCAUUAGAAGGAUAUAAGUCUCUUGCUAGUAAAACUGCCCUGUUAGACGUUGCUAUCUCAAAUGGAGACGGAAAUGCUAUUUUGAUAAUAAUUUUAUUUCUUACAAAAACUUUAAAACGAUCAUUGGUACAGAGAUUAUUGACAGAGAGGCCAGAUGUGGUAAAUGUGUAUAUACAUUAUCUGUUUAUAAGGCUGCAGACAAAUGAAAUAACUGAUAUUUUGACAAUGCUGGGCCACUCUUCAAUUGCUGCUAUGAAGAAUCUGCAUAUUAUUGUAAAAAAUACAAAUGAUCCAAAUAGGCUAUUGCAAAAACUUGACAACUGUCAUAAGGCACUUUUCACUAUACUACCUGAUUGCAGGGAAACUACAUUUUUAGAAUCUUAUAUUAAGUUAUUGGAGUGGCAAAUGGCGAUCAAGCAGAAAAGAAAUGAUGAGUUGCCAUUGAAUUCUUCUAUUUUGGAAUCUCUGCGUUAUGCGUGCAAGUACCAUUGUAAUACGCCAAACGAUUUUGUCACGAUAUCACCCAUAACAUUCUCUCAAGAUCAUGACAUUUCUCCUAGACUGUAUCAGAAGGUUGCUUUACAUGUUAAAGCUGCUUGUGGUGGAUGGGACGAUAUCGAUCGUUUACUCUUAACAAAGGGAAUACUUGGCAAUACAAAAUUACAAACGCAUUUGUACAUAGAAGAUGUUUUGAAAAUAUUGUACAAAUAUAAUGCGCCACAUGUUGUUCUUGAAAAGUAUCUGAAAUUUAUUGAUAAUCUAGAGAAACGAUUAGAAUUGGCAAAAAAACUGUCUUGCCAUACAAUAGUAAUCGACAUAUUUGUGCAACAAGGAGAUCGUACAGUGUUAAUAGAUUACAAAGCGAAAUUACAGCCUCAAUCGGAAGAAUACUUUUAUGCUGAAAGCGCUUUGCGUUUACCACACAUCAAGUGGAAGAGUUAAGCUUAUAAUUGCAUUUAUAAUUGUAAAAAACGACAUAUACUUGAAUUACAUUUAAUAUAUUAUCCUAUUUUUAACUAUGAAAAAUAUAUUUAAAAGAAUUUUACAUCA